AUGAACCGCCGUGCUGGAUCUGGAUUUCUGGUGCUGGGCGCCCUGGCCUACAUGGCCUGGGGCCCAAGCUUCACCGGAUCUGCACUGAAAGGCUGCAGGCCGGAGGGUGCCGUGGUGCGCAUGGCUGGCUCCAAGUGGGUGAACGAGGAUGACCCUGAGAUGUCCCACCCUAGCGGCCUGUAUGUCCUUCCGUUGAAGCCGGCGAAGAAGACCGAGAGCUACACCUACACUUGGAAGAAGAACGAGAAGGGUGAGCUGGAGGAGUACGCGGGAUACGUCAAGGUGCCGUUCAAGGGCGAUGAGCGAGCCGCCGCCUACUACACCCAGCGCAAGGGCAAUGGAUGCUGGGACCACUGGGGCAAAAGCGGCGAGGGUGAGGUAAUGUGCCGGGUACACUCGGUGGUGCUCUGCAUCUUGGUUGGGUUCGAAGUCUGCUCCCUGAUGAUCGUGUUGGCAUAUCAAGGUGGCUUCAUGGACUUCUUUGCGUUCGACCAUGUUCGAUAUGGCAUGUACAGUGUGGCCAUGCUGAUCAUCAUGGCUGGGGCAUACUUCCUUGAUGAGCAGACUCGGCUUCAGUCCUACGAGCAGGCCCUUCGGAGCUUCCGCAAUUCCCUUUCUUCUGAAAUUGCUGCAUCCUGGAGCAGGUCAUGUCUUUACAAGACCAGAAUGCAGCACUUGCUGAGAUGA